AUGGUUCCAUUAGUGAAGCUCACGCCGGCCGUGCUUAAAUCGUUGUGUCCAUCACAAACCCUUACGGAUUUGCUAGCCGAGCCCCACGAUUUGGAAAACGAUCUUGGGAUGCUCCUAGACUGGCUCCUGCCAUACUAUCCAUUAGCCGGCUCAGAAACUGUCGAACCACUGGCAAGAGUGCGUGCUGCAGCAAGACGGUGUUUACGGGACAAACUGGUGCAUCAGGAGUUUGUCCGUCUUUUCUUGAACUCUAUCAGCGUGCAGUUCCACCAUCAUUUCGAGCCGUUUGUGGCCUCCAACACGUUCAUAUCCAUUGUGGAACAAGUGGCGACUUUGAGCUCAUUCUAUCGCCGCCAGAUCUCGUUACUAGAUCUUUCUCUGGUUGCCUCCGACGUGUUUUCGCGAGGCCUCGCUUCGCUUUUUCUUCGGUGCUUGAACCGGUCACAGUUUCUUCUGCUGCUAGACGAUAUUCUCAGCUCACUGUACAAUGAAAAGUCAAGAACUUGGCUUAACAUAUUGGCUGCUAUUGGCAUGAAGCCCAUCAUUCAAGAAACCGCUGUGCGGAUCUCGGCGAAGAAGAUCAGCCAGCACAUCGCUUCGGUUUGUUCAGGGAAGUGGGACAAGCAGUUACUCGUGGAAAUCGAAGAGUGGGUACGCGUGGACUUAUACCCCAUAUUUGCAUUGGGGUGUGUGGAUUUAACAUCGUCCUCUAGCAACGAUCUUGUGCGGAAUGCUCGCGACGAGUUGAUCUCGCUUCGGAUUUCGGAGAUUUUCAGCAUGGUGGUGGCUUUCCCGCAAUCGGAAAUUGCCCUUGGUGAACUACAUCUGUGCUUAUCCCUUGACUCUGGAAGUCAGGCACAACAUCGAGCCAAACUAGUGGACACUUUCACGCAUGAGUGCCAAGCACGGUUGCUUCACCUGGGAUCAAAUACAACCGGCAUCACCCAGGUUUAUAUCAAAACCAUCAAGUCAUUCUUGUUGGUGGAUCCAACAGGUGUUCUUCUUGACAAGGUGGCCCGUCCCAUUCGCAAAUAUCUCAAGUCACGGAUGGAUCUAGUACCGCAGUUGGUGCGAGGUAUGCUUGAUUUGAACCCCGAGACAAACCCGUUGGUAGAAUUGGCGCAAGAGCUCAACAAGGGCAUCACCCCAUUUUCUGCACCCAUCGAUGACUUAACCGAUUUGAACUGGUAUCCGGACCCCAUUGAUGCUUUGCCCGAUUUUAAGAAGGGAAGGGUCUUGGAUGUGGUAGAAGCUCUUACUGGUAUUUUCUCUCUGCUGGGCGUGUUUGUCGAGGAGUUUACCAGGUUGUUUGGAGACCGUCUUCUCCAAUGGGGCAAAUACAAUGUAAUGGAUAUCUUAAACCACGUUGAAUUACUCAAAGCGAGGUUUGGAGUGAAUGAGUUUGCCACUUUGGACGUCAUGGUUAGGGAUAUACAAGAGAGUGCCGCAAUCAACUCCAGAGUCAUGCAUGAACAACUCUCGCUCACGAUUCUUUCUAAAAUCUACUGGCCCACAGUUGCAGAUUCGUUGUCAGACAAUGACUAUUUCAACGUUCCUGUGGAUGAUGGGUUCGAGGCUUAUUGCGGCUCGUUCAGGUCUUUUAUGCCCGGCCGUGAUUUGGCAUUGAUACCUUCGUUGGGAACUGUCACUGUUGAGCUUUUGUGUGAGCAUGGCUCACAGGAAUAUGAGGUGACACCCGCACAGGCAACCGUGAUCGAGUUGUUCCACGAUGACAUGGAUGAAAUGGCCUUGCUGACGAUUUCCUUGGCGACACGGAUGUCCAGCUAUACCGCGUCGCAGGCAUUGAAGUUUUGGGUCGGCAAGGGCAUUCUAUCUGGCAUCGGCGAUGUAUACAAAGCAGUUCACAAGUGA